AUGCUUAAACUAAUAGUUUAUUGUGCGUUUUUUAUGAGUUGUUGUGUUGGUGGUGUUGAUAGUCAAUGGUUAGGUGGUGCCGUAGGAGUAAUUAGCGGUAUAAAUGGCACAAUUCCAGAAAUUGGUUUGACAGAUAAUCUAACGUCGAUGAUAGAAAAUGUCCUCGGAACUGUUGGAAAUCUUGAUACGAACUCGAUCAUUGAUCUGAUAUGCCAAGUAGAAGAUGGUUUCUUGAGUAUCAGUAAAUUAUGCGAAUCACAGAUAAAAGUUUUAUGUCAUAAAGUAGAUCUGCGAGACAGAAUGUGGGACGCGUCUGCAAAAUUUCCAUACCCCGGAAUGGACUAUGCUACUAGGACGGUGAUGGGAAAUUAUGAUGAAUGUAUGACUAUUAAUCAUCACGAUAAUGGCACCAGAAUAUUGGGAAAAUAUUGUAUUUCAGGAAUGCUUAUACCGGAUUUGAAAAAUAUCUCGAAUUUAAAUUUGAUACAUAAACUGGAUAUAUGUAUACCUGACGAAUGUUCUGCCGAUGAUUUGAGAUCCAUAUUCGCAAUUGCGAUCGACCCUAAUAUUCCUCUAUUUUUUUUGGACGAAUUUUGCUCUACCAAAGAAAGCGGAAAAGAGUUCACUGCUGCAAAUAUCAUAGUCACGUGUUUAUUCUUAGCUAUCGUAUGUUUGAUGUUAGUCAGUACAGCAUAUGAUGUGUAUCUUUACAAAACUGAGCAAAAAACAUCCCAUCCAUUAUUUCUGGCAUUUUCGAUAUUAUCAAAUGGAAGAAAGUUAUUCAGUCCCAUACAAUAUUCAAAGGACCGCAUCGAAAUUUUCAACGGUAUAAAAGUGUUGAGUAUGAUGUGGAUAAUAGCAGGACAUGGAUUCGGAACUUUCACGGGUACCUUCAGUGUCCUGAAUCAAGGUACAAUCGACAGUUUCCGUGAGAAGAGGUACUCUGGAUAUAUAGAUGCAGCUCAUGUAGCAGUGGACACGUUUUUCUUCAUGUCUGGUUAUUUAUUAUCGUAUCACUACUUCAAAGAUAACUCCAGAUCUACGAAAGCUCAAGUGAAGAAUAUUCCAUUCAUCUACGUGCACCGAUAUCUUCGAAUAACUCCUCCUGUUCUGAUGAUGUAUUUGUCGUCCAUGUUCAUAUUUGUCAAAUUCGGUUCAGGCCCAUAUUGGCAACCAGGAGCUGAAAUUCAUUUGAAGCCUUGCAGAGAAUAUUGGUGGUCUUACAUAUUAUUCAUACAGAAUUAUGUCAACUGGGAUAAUAUGUGCUUGGUCCCACAUUGGUAUUUGUCAGUUGAUUUACAGUGUUUCAUCUUGUCACCUCUGUUUUUGAUUCCCACUUCACGAUUACUGAAGAAACCUGAUGGAUUCAAAUAUUCCAUGAUUUUUUUGAUGGUCAUGAAUUUAGUGUGUAUCAUCUUGCCGAUGAUGAUCUGGUUGAGAUUCCCAGAUUACAAGAAUGAAUAUGGUUCCCAUUCCAGGCUAACAGAUUUUAUGAUAGGCAUUACUAUGGGAGUGUUCAUGAGAACAAAAAGGGAUGAACCAUUCUUGAAGAUAUUUGACAGGAAAAAAAUAACGAAUAUAAAUUUUGCUAUAUGGAUGAUUGUUUUGGUCGGAAUGUUUACCGUUGUCUUUUUCUAUCAAGACGCCGAAAUGAACCAAAGUUUCAUCCAAAGAAUGUUCUACUUUGGGUUAUCCAGGCCUGCUUGGUGUAUUUCGUUAUGCUGGGUACUUUAUUCUUGUUACCAUGGAUAUGGAGGAAUUGUCAACUGGAUAUUGACCAGAUCGAUUUUCCAAAUUGGUUCUAAACUCGCUUUCUGUAUGUAUAUUGUACAUUACACUGUGAUUGGUCAUUACAGCUUGAGCAACAGGAUGAAAUGGUAUUUUAGUGACUACGUUGAG